AUGGGUUUACUUGAUGUGAAGUUAGACUUAGAAGUAGAGGAACUGUCGUGGGAGGAAAGCAACAGAAGGAUAGAAAAACUUAAAAAAAGAUCAACUUCUGAUAUUGAGCCUGUUUCCGGUUUAAAGACUAGUCCUUCAACUUCAAAUUCAGGACAAAGAAUUCAUCCUGGAAUUGAUAUUGAAGAUCAUGAAACAAAUAUCCAAAUGGACCUUGCUCUGUAUAAGGCUGCAAAGCAACCACUUGAUCGGCACUUUCUUGAUGUCCUUGAACGAGUUGCAAAUGAGAAAGGGCUAUUGCUCUCUGCUGUCUUUGAUCAGGUAAGCCCCAUAGGAAGUACGUAUCUUCAUGUUGCUGCCGGCUUUAACAACGCGGCAACAGCAAGGUUAAUAGCCUAUCACUGUCCACCAUUAAUCACCAAAAAGAAUUUUAAUGGUGACACUCCACUACAUCUUGCUGCAAGAGCUGGAUAUAUAUCGACAUUGGCAGCACUAUUAGAUCUUUGGAAAGAUACUGUGGAUUUACCCUCUGCUGAAGGAGGGGAUGAGCGACAAACAGAGCAGGAAAAUUUACUGAGACUCGGGAAUGAGAAGGGUAAUACAGCUUUACACGAGGCCUUACUGAAUUCUCAUGAUCAGAUUGCUCGUAAUUUCAUUAAAGCAGAUCCAGAAGUAGCAUUUUAUCUAAACAAUGAUCAGGAGUCUCCCGUGUACCUAGCAGCCAAGGCUGGUUCUGAGGAAUGUGUCUCCUUCAUAUUGUCUUUCCCAGAGGCGCUUGGCAAAAUGAUUGAGCUGGUGAAAGUGGGCAAAUCACCAGUUCAUGCAGCAAUCAGUAGCUGGAAUGAGGAUGUUCUGGAGCUUAUGUUACAAAAAGCACCAGAAUUUAUUCAUCUCAUGGACGAAGAAGGGAGAUCUCCAGUCCACUAUGCUGCGUCAAGGGGUUAUCUCGAAGCGGUUCAUCUCAUUCUGGAUAAAUUUCCUCAUAGCGCUAAUGGAAGGGAUAGAAAUGGCUUGUUACCAAUUCACUGGGCAUCAAUCAAGGGCCAUGUCGGUAUUAUAAAAGAGAUGCUUCUGCAUUCCCCCGAUCCUGGAGAGUUGCUUGAUCAAAAUGGUUGUAGUAUCCUUCAUUUUGCAGCCAAGGGCGGAAAACAUAAAGUAGUUAGCUACAUGCUAAAGCAUCCAGCAUAUGAGGGGCUUAUCAAUAUGAAGGAUAAACAGGGAAACACACCAUUGCAUUUGGCAGCCAUGGAUUGGCACCCCAAGGCAGUCAUUGCCCUAACAUGGGACUCCAGGGUGAAUGUAACAGUAGUGAAUAAUCGGGGCAUGACAGCUCUUGACGCUGCUGAGUAUUGCAUGGACAAUGUACCCUCAUCUCAACAGCGAUUAACUUGGGUAGCACUAAUAGCUGGAGGGGUACCCCGAACUCGGCCUAAGAAGCUCCUGAACGUUGACGGGCAAACUGCGGUGCCAAUGAAGCAUACAAAACCACAAAAUUACAAAGACGCAGUUAACACCCUAUUACUGGUGUCGAUCCUUGUUGCCACCGUAACUUUUGCUGCAGGUUUCACCGUGCCUGGUGGCUAUAAAAAUUCUGAUCCGUAUCAGGGCAUGGCGACAAUGCUAGGAGAAAAGAAGUUUCACGUGUUCAUUUUCUGCGACACGAUAGCCAUGUUCGGCUCUAUCAUUGUUGCUGUUUCCCUCAUUUGGGCACAAUUAGGUGAUCUCAAUCUCGCGCUUGUUGCCCUCCAUUUGGCCUUUCCUUUACUAGGCGUAGCUCUUGCUAUGAUGUCCUUGGCAUUCAUGGCCGGAAUAUCUGUUGUCGUGAGCAAACUCAGGUGGCUUGACAAUGCCAUUUUGAUCAUGGGAUCGAUUUUUCUUGUGAUUCUGGUAGUUCUCUUCUCUCUACUUUGCUUUCCUAUCGGAUCAAAGUACCGCCUCUUACGCAUCAUAUUUUACUGCCCAUUGCUCCUGCUCAUAUGGGUUACUAAUGCUGAUCCUGGAACUUAG